CUCACUUGGUAGCGGGAGGUUCUGUCCGAUAAGAGAGGUUUGACAGGUAAAGAAGAGUAGAAGAGAAGCACUUCAUCACAAUGUGGAAAGCUCAAGCUGGUCAUCAGAUUGUUAUCGACAAUGGUAACGAUGAUGACGAUUGGGAGACUGAUGCAGAUUACGUCAACAACAUGACAGAAGAGGAGCAAAGAUAUGGCACAAAACGGGACAUCGGUGCUAUUAACAUGAAGGAAUAUCGGGAGCAAGCUAUCAUUGCAGAUGCUGAGAUCAAGCGCAAGGAGUCUGAGCAAGGGCCAAAGGCAUCCUAUGGCUAUGGGGGGAAGUUUGGUGUGCAGAAGGACAGGAUGGACAAAAGUGCAGAGACUCAUGAAUACAUAGGAAAAGUGGAGAAGCAUGCCAGCCAGAAGGAUUACUCCACAGGCUUUGGAGGGAAAUUUGGUGUUCAGAGUGAUCGUAAGGACAGCUCUGCCGUUGGGUGGGACCACAUUGAGAAGGUUGAUAAGCAUGAGAGCCAGAAAGACUACUCUAAGGGCUUUGGAGGCAAGUAUGGUGUAGAGAAGGACAGGCAGGACAGAUCGGCAGCUGGUUGGGACCACAUUGAGAAACUGGACCAACAUGAAAGCCAGAAAGAUUACUCCAAGGGUUUUGGUGGCAAGUUUGGUGUGCAGUCUGACCGCCAGGACAAAUCUGCUGCAGGAUGGGACCACAUUGAAAAGGUUGAGAAACAUGAGAGUCAGAAAGACUAUUCUAAAGGUUUUGGAGGAAAGUUUGGAGUGCAGAAGGACAGACAGGAUAAGUCUGCAGCAGGUUGGGACCACAUAGAGAAAACGGAAAAGCAUGAAAGCCAGAAAGACUACACACAGGGAUUUGGCGGCAAAUUUGGUGUGCAAUCAGACCGCCAGGACAAAUCUGCUGCAGGAUGGGACCACAUUGAGAAAGUAGAAAAGCACGAGAGUCAGAAAGAUUAUUCGGUGGGCUUUGGCGGGAAGUUUGGCGUCCAGAAGGAUCGGCAGGACAAGACAGCAGCCGGGUGGGACCAUAUCGAGAAGGUUGAGAAGCACGAGAGCCAGAUGGACCACUCUAAGGGCUUUGGUGGUAAGUUUGGGGUUCAGUCAGACCGCAUGGAUAAGUCAGCCCACAAGUUUGAGGAGAAGCAGGAAAGUAUUGGAACCAACUACCAAAGGACCAAGCCAGAUGUCCAAGCGUCAGAGAAGGCCUCUAACCUGAGAGCACGCUUUGAGAAUCUUGCUGCUAACCAAGAGGAAGAAAGAAAGAAGCAGUUGGAGGAGGAGAAGAAGAAGAGAUAUGAAGGAGAUGCUGCCAUCAUUCAGCAGGAGAAGAUGAGGCUAGCACAGGAACAGCAGGAGGAGGAGGAGCGGCUGCGUAAGAAGCACGCAGAUGAGGAGUACUUGAGGGAGCAGGUCAAGCAGAAGCAGUUGGAAGCAUCAAUGAAGAAACAGAAUGAGGAGGAGCAAUUGAGACUUCAGCAACAAGAACAGCAGGAGAUGGCAAGAAUUGCAGAGCUGGAGAAGAGGGAAGCAGCGCUAAAGAGGCAGCAAGCAGAGGAGGAGGAGCGGAGGAGACAGUUGGAGCAGGAGGCGGCAUCCUCAAGAGAACAG